GGUUCUCUUUCUUUAAUUUUUUUUGGAUGACUGGUUCAUUUUCAAGUACAAAUUUCAUAAAAACACUCAUUUAAUAAGCUUUUUUUUGAUACCUUACUUCAUUGCCAAUAGACUUGGCUAACCGUCUUUCCUUGAAACACUUACUCGUAAUCAUCAUAAUUCUCAAUCAUGAAGUUCUCUACUGUCUUCAUCUCUCUCUUGGUUGCUGGCAUCCAUUCACUCCCCAGCCCGGCUGUGCAACGGGAAUCAGCUGGUAUCACAGUUGGUGCCGAUGGAUCAACAAAUCUUGGCGGGGAAGCUGGAAUAACGAAGAAGCCCGACGGGUCCACCAACGUCGGAGGGGGAAGCGGCAUCAACGUGGCACCGAGUGCUAAUAAUCAGCCGCAACAAGGAGCAGGAGGACAGGCCGCUGCUGGUGGCAACAAAAACGGAACCGACGGUUUGGCAGCACUUAUUGGGUCACUGAAUGGUGCAUCUGGUGGGAAUAGCACAGGUGGAGCAAAAAAGUCAAACAGCACAGGCAACGCCAAUUUACCACCAGGAGUGGCCUCAAACUCUAGUUUGGCGAGCGUCUUUGGAGCAUUGGAGGGUGCAAAGUAAUUCAGAGUUUGAGAGGAAGAGUUUUGGAAUAUGAAAGUGUCUGGGGACAGGUUGUGAUUUUACCUGGCAAUCAUUAAUGGAAGCAAUCUUCAUGCCCUCGAAUAAUUCUCUCGUCAAUGUAAGGGGGUUUCAAUCACAUUCUGUAUCACAUAACCUUAUACAAGGGAACAUCCACUAUAAAAUAAGAACUCUUAGCCAUAUAUAGGCA